AUGAGACGAAGCCCAAGGAGACCCCUGAUCCUCAAAAGGAGGAAACUGCCUUUUCAGCAAAAUGACCAGCCAGCGCCUGCCUCACAAAAUGAAUCUAAUGAAACAACACCCAAGGAAGCUUCAACAACAUCUGCCACCCACUGCUUCCCUGAUGGCAUUCGCAUCAUGGAUCACCCUGCCAUGCCUGACACACAAGUGGUUGUCAUCCCUAAAACAGCAGAUCUUCAGAGUGUCAUUGGGGCCCUUACUGCCAAGGGCAAAGAGUGUGGUCCCAAUGGGCCAAACAAGUUCAUCCUUUUGAGUGGUAGUGGUAGCCUUGAAAAUGAAUCUUUUAGUAAACCCAGCUUUGAAGAUAAGGACAUCUCAACAAUGAAUAAAGAACUCGACUGCAGUCCUCUAGAUGACAGCCUCACCAACAUCCAGUGGUUGGGGGGAAUGAGCACAGUUGGCCUUGGACCCAAUCAUGCUAAGAAGGAAGACAAUCCAAAUAGGAACCCAAACCAGGCACAAGGUUCAGAAAUGGUUACAGACACUGUGCGUCACAGACAGCCCAUGCCAGAGAGACCACCAUACUCCUACAUGGCUAUGAUCCAGUUUGCCAUUAACAGCAAGACAAACAGAAUGAUGACGCUCAAAGAGAUCUACACCUGGAUCGAGGACCACUUCCCUUACUUCCGAGAGGUGGCCAAGCCAGGCUGGAAGAACUCCAUCCGUCACAAUCUCUCCCUACACGACAUGUUCACACGGGAGUCAACACCAGAUGGAAAGGUCUCUUUCUGGACUAUUCGACCCGAGGCCAACCGAUGUCUCACUCUGGAUCAGGUGUACAAGCCUGGUUGUGACCCAACCUCUACUCCCAUUCCAGUGCCAGUGCUGUUCUUUCCUCAUGAAAAGAGGACAGUUCCUGAUGCAAGGAAAUCCUCUCUUUGUUCAGAGAGAAAGAUGAAACCUCUUCUCCCACGGACCGACUCUUACCUGGUCCCAAUCCAGCUUCCUCUUACCUCCUCCCUCUACCUGCCAUCCUCCUCUAUGAGCCACAUGGCUCUCUCUGCAUCCCGGCAGAGACGGACCAGCUCACGAGGCAGUAGAAGAGUCCGCAUAGCUCCAAAGGUGUCAGUCAGCGAUGCCUCUAGCAUGAUGGGGCAAACUCCCACCGUGAAGGAGAUUAAAGUGGAGCAAAUGUGUUUGCCUCUAAGCUCCGAGACUCCUCGAGCCCCUCCGAGGAGAGAGGCCAGCAGCUCACGGCGCAAACAGCGCUUGGUCCUUCCUAAGACUGAAGAGCCUGUCCUUCUUUUCUCCGACAGUACUUUCUUCGACUCAGGCGUGGCCUCUGAUGCAUCAGUUUUACAGGACGUGCGGCAUGCCGAGCUGGAGACCAAGGCCGAGCUGGACAGUCCCAACUGGGAGUACUCCUUCAAAACUCCUAUCAAAAGCAGUAGCCACCUGGCCUCCUCCACCCCCAGCAAGCCCCCACCUAACGCAAUACCAGAGGUUUGGAGGUUGACGCCACUGGGCAAGCAGGGCCGAGACACGCUGGACUUCAGCCCUAUCCGCACACCCAACGGCCCCACUCUCACCCCUAAGGGCCAUGACUUCAGCUCCUUCAGCUUCAGCAGCACUCCCUUCAAAGAACUGCCCCUGUUCAACUCCUCCAGAGAGCUGCUUUCCAACAGUGGCUCCAGGGCAACAGGACCAGCUGGCUCUCCGAGUGUGGAGCACCCCUCACACUGUUCGAGGGAGCUCCUCCAGGCAGGAGGCCACACGCCGGGCAACCACUCGUUCACCGAGGGCCUUGUUCUGGACACCAUGAAUGACAGCCUGAGCAAGAUCCUAGUGGACAUAAGCUUCUCUGGCCUGGAGGAUGAGGAUCUGGGCAUGGCUAACAUCAGCUGGUCAGAGUUUAUACCUCAACUCAAGUAA